UAUAAAAUACAUAUAUAUAAUAUUGGAUCUAAUAUUCAUUAUAAUAUAGGUACUAUUUUACAAAUUAUUAAAUGUUGAUUAAUACAUUUAAUACCUGGUAUCUAAACUGUUUAAUUCUUCAUAGUCCCCAUCAUAACUUCCAAACAAGAUUUUAAAAUGCCACCCAUUACUAGUCUUCUUUCCAACAGCAAAACAAUAAAUUUAUUUCUUUGGCUAUUUUUUGAAACGGUACCAGUUAAUUUUCUUCACUUUCAAAAAAAAAACUAUCCACAUCAUAAAAUAUUAAAUGGCGUCAAAUGAAGUUAUCUCUGAUAAUCCAUCAAUAUGACACGACUGCUGUCGCAUUGUCUCGAUGAGAAACGGGAGUGAAUUAAACUAAUUAUGUUAAACUUGUUAUGUGCAAAUAAUAAUCUAAAACUAUAUAAUAUCCAAUGCCUGUCAACUAAUGACCACAUAUCGAAUGAGCAAUAUUACAUUUAAUUUGUAUGGUUAAAGUAGAGCGUAGGUAUAUAGGAGACAGUUACAGUCGAUGUGGUAAUUUAUUUAUCAUUAUGAUGACGCUUUUUAAAUUAUUUAUUUAAAAUUGAAAAAUGGUUAAUUAUCAGAAAUUCUAAAUUAUGUAUAUUUAAUACUGGCAACGGUGAUAUUUUUAAGCAGUCGUUUUAAUCAAACCAAUCGAAGACAGGUCGUCGGUUGUCAAACCACAACAACGACACCGCGGGUAACAAAUAACAAUCAUGAUAUAGUUUAAAUGAAUUAUUGUAUCAUACACUGAUUUCACCAAAACAUAAUAUAAAAUAAACUUGGUAGUACUUCAUAGGGACUAGGCUGUCGACCGUCUCCGUUGGAAACUGGUUUUCGUACAUACUCAAAAUGCAAUGAUCUAACGCAUCCACUAAUCAUUAUAGGUUAUACUUACUCAUUGACGAGGUAUUUUUUUCUAGUUUUUCUUGACGUCUGCGAGUACACACGCACGUGUUGUACACUUGUACCACAUAUGUCUCGGAAUUUGGACUCCAAAUUAUCAAUCGUUUUCACCGUGUACACGAGAUCGUGACAUAUUAUAUAGCUAUGCGUGCAGAUUGCAGUGGCGAAACGAUUAACAAUCGCCUCAACCUGACCACACGUACCGGCAGUUUCCAGAGGGCUAGAUACACGCUGGAUGAAAAUGACAAGGGAGACGGAGUGGCCGAGCGGAAUAAGGCGUCGUUUGCGACGUGCACCGACGCCGGUUCGAACCCGGUCACGGGCGGCAUUUUUCUUCGGACAGUCACGGACCACGGUGUCCAGAGAAAGAGGCCGGCAUCUCCCACCCGGGCACGGCAGAUACCUACGGACGCCCAUUUGAAAAUUCUGCCAAACACAAAAACAUGUUCCUCCGACCGUUCCCUACGACCAAAAAUCCUACAGUAAUAUCCUACAGCUAAAUGCUUCAGUUGCCGGGCUUAAGACCAAUAAAAAUAAAAAAAAACAAAUAAAUAUUUAAUUAAAUAACAAA